AUGCAUCCUUUACCACCGCCACCAAACAAAACCGGCAAGAACCAGUCUGCUCCCACCAGGCCUUCUGUAGCCCCCAUCCAAGAAACCUCAGCAGGCCCCGAGCAAAGCAGUCAACUCUUCUCGCAAGCCAGCACUGAAAACAAGAAGAAGCGAAAACACCGAGGCAAGAAGAGUAAGAGGAACCGGAGGCAAUCUUUUGCAGCGCCGUCCGAGGGCUCUUCGCAAGCUGCCAUACCCGAAAUCAUGACGGAGCAGAAGGUGAGGGACAGAUCACAUUCAGGACUGAGACAGUCCUUCUACAGGCUAGGUCAGUCUGGCGGUAGCAUGAGCAAUACCAGUUUGGAUAGUGAGGCGCUCUUUGAUCAUCGAGACCAACCGUUGAUGCGACCUCGACGCGAAAGCCGGCUAGGACAGAGUUUGUUCACGGGCCAGAGGGGAGGCACUUCACCUAAUGGAGGGCCAUCCUCUUCUUUUCGCCGGGACCACACAAGUUCAACCAUGGGCAAUGAUCCAUCACGCCGACAGCAGGCCUUCAGCAAGAACUAUGUUUCCACUGGGGAGGAUUCUGACAGUGGUGACGCACCUCAUGACAAGACCCCUUUAAUGUCCCAAUCUAUGCGGAAUGGAUGUUCAUCGGACCAACAGGGGGCUGGUGGCAUGUUUGGCACAACACGUAUGAAUUCCAACCAUCGCCGCGAGUCGAACAGCACGCAGUCAAGCAAGAAACGGAAAAGCAGACCAAGCCGGGAAAUCUCUUUCCUUCGUCAUGAACAUACCGAAUAUGAUGUCAACAAUCCUCCUUCCGUACCACCGAGUCCUACAGCAGGAGCAGAGCUGGACGAUUUUAUGUUCGCUGGGGCCGACUUUACACUUACAAGAUCACCUACCACACAAAGAGUAUCAAAUACUUACGGAAAUGACGCUGUCAUCGAUGUUGACUCGAAGCCCCGCUCUCUCCCCGAGAAUGGCUCAGACGCCCAGGGUACAGGUGCUCAGCGUUCCAAGAGUAUUGCUUUGCCCGUUGAGGGCGAUGUCUGCUUUCCUACAAGUGGCAUGUCGGAGACUGGCGAAGAAGAAUACGUGUCUCUUGGCCAGGGUGAACCGGAUACGACUGGAGCAAGACGGCGACGGCGACGGAUGUGGCCAGAUCUGGCCGUCCUAGACGAGUGGAGCUUAUCCGAGAGAAUCACACUCCAUCAAGAAUCGAGGGCCAAGAAAAUCAGUGAGCCGGUAUUGGUAGGUGGUAGACUUCGUCCUUCGGGACAAGGAUGGCAUCGGACUGAGGAGGACUCGCCAUAUCGAUAUACGUACUUCAACGAAGAAUUUGAAAGCACUAUACAUGCCCAGACUAUAUCCGAGUUAGUUCAACCUGGCAGUAGUUUCAAAGAACUAUUUGUUCCCGAUCCUCCAGAGAUAGAAGAUGAUUCGUCAAACGACGAGGAACAUUCACCUUCGACCAGAGAAGGCAAUGUUGAUAAAACGUCUUUGAGCCCGAGUCUGCAGGACCAGAGCGAAAGAGCGAGUGAAAAGCGUGCACCAUCUCUCAUAAGUGAGCUCAAGCCCAGUUCUCGAGAUGCGUCAGGUCCACAAUCUGGUCAAGCAACACCUCAACAUAACAAAGCGUCAAAGCCCAAGCGAUACGGUCCACGGCCUACAUUCUGGCUUGAUGUUCUCUGUCCUACCAAUGACGAAAUGCGAGUAUUGGCGAAAGCUUUCGGUGUACAUGGGCUGACCGCUGAGGAUAUUAUGAUGCAAGAGACUCGCGAGAAGGUCGAGUUAUUCCGCAACUACUAUUUCAUCAAUUACCGAACGUUUGAACAGGACAAAGAAGACGCUAACUACCUCGAACCGGUCAAUAUCUACAUUGUUGUCUUCCGAAAUGGAGUCCUCAGCUUCCACUUUUCCCAGACGCCUCAUCCCGCUAACGUCCGGCGACGGAUCCGCCAGCUCAAGGACUACCUGAUCCUCAGCUCUGAUUGGAUCUCAUACGCUAUCAUCGACGAUAUCACCGAUGUCUUUCAACCACUUAUUCAAUCGAUUGAAGAUGAAGUGGAUUAUAUAGAUGAGAAGAUCCUGCAGAUGCACUCCGCUACGAUCGCCUUAGCUAGCGCCGCCAAUUCUAUCAACAACGAGAAGCGAAGCCAGGCUGGAGAGGACAACUCCUCCGGUUUCGACAUGCUCCGCCAGGUAGGAGACUGCCGCAAAAAGGUUAUGGGCCUCUACCGUCUACUUGGCAAUAAAGCCGACGUUAUCAAAGGUUUUGCUAAACGCUGUACCGAGCAAUGGGAUGUCGCACCUAAAACGGAGAUUGGGCUGUACCUUGGCGAUAUUCAGGACCAUAUCCUGACCAUGACCAGCAAUUUGAGUCAUUACGAGACGUUGCUGAGUAGAGCGCACAGUAAUUAUCUGGCUCAGAUCACCAUCAGAAUGAACGAGAGGCAGGAGCAGAGCGCGGACAUUCUGGGCAAGUUGACGGUGCUGGGUACUAUUGUGCUACCCAUGAAUAUCAUCUGUGGGAUGUGGGGUAUGAAUGUCAAGGUACCCGGACAGGAUGUUGACAAUCUGACGUGGUUUUGGUCAAUCACAGCUGGACUCAUCGUCUUUGCUCUCAUCUGUGUGGUCGUUGCUAAGAGGGUCUAUGGCAUUGUCUGA